AUGGCUACCCCCAGUGUCCUUACCUUUGAUGCUGAGGGUCGUGCCGUUGACUUCGAGGUCUGGAUCGAUGACCUACAACUCUUCCUACAGUGCGAUAGGGCAGACGGACUCUCCCUGUUCGAUCUCACCUCUGGUGCCUCUCCUGCCCCGCUUGCUGAUGCUAACACCACUGUUCGCUCACAGUGGGCCACCCGCAAUGCUGCUGCCCAUCUUGCUGUGCGUCGCCACUUACUGACCGCUGAGCGUGCGCACUUUAGUCAGUACAAGAGUGCUAAGACCUUGUACGACGCUAUAGUUGCACGCUACUCUUCCCCUGCCACUGUUGCUCUUAGCCGCCUCAUGCUGCCGUACCUGUUUCCUGACCUCGCCGCCUUUCCCACUCUCGCUGACCUUGUUACGCACCUUCGCACUAGUGACAACCGCUACCCCCGCGCUGGUGCUCCCCCUCCCCCCUUUUGCCCUCUGUUGCCUCUGCUGCUGCCGUCGACUUCGUUGGCACCGAGUCGGUCGGCGCUGCGUCUGCCCCUAGCAGGAGACGCCGCACCGGCAAGGGCAAGGGGGGCAAGGGCGGUGGGAGGGGCUGGCGGGGGCGGUGGAGGUGGAGGUGGAAGAGGCGGAGGGAGUGGGGGUGGUGGUGGGAGUGGUGGCGGGGGUGGGGGCUUCGGUGGCGGCAGUGGUAGCGGAGGCGGCGGCCGCGGUGGCAAUGGGAGCGGAGGAGGAGGCGGUGGCGGCGGCGGUGGAGGUGGCGGCGGGAGAGGUGGAGCUAGUCGGGGUUGCUCCGCGCAGCGGGGCGGCUUAGGUGGUGGUCAGCGCCAGCAGCAGCAGCGCACUCGUGAGACCCCGUCCCCCGCAGCUUC